UACUCAAAACACCCCUCCUUUACUUUUGCUACACAUUUCAUCCUCCAAAUCUUCUCAACCUCUUGUUUCUUUCUUUCCUUUCUUCUAUCUGAAACUCAUCACACUCACUCUCUUAUCUUUCUUUACCUUGUUGAUGUGAUUUGGUUUUUCUCCAUAAGAGAAAAAGAUUCAAAGAGAGAAACCAUGGUUUUUACUUCAAUACCAGCAGCUUAUCUUGAUGCAGCCAACUGGCAGCAGCAGCAGCAGCAACAGAAUCAUCAUCAUCAUCAACAACAACCAGAAAACGGCGGUUCCGGUUCCGGUUCGGUCUCUCAACAACUUUUUCAGACACCACCACCACAAGCAUCACAAACACAGCCUCAUGGAGCUGGUAGCGCCGGCGCAAUUAGGCCGGGAUCGAUGUCCGACAAAGCAAGAAUGGCGAACAUGCCUAUGCCGGAGACGGCGCUGAAAUGUCCGCGCUGCGAAUCAACCAACACGAAGUUUUGCUACUUCAACAACUACAGCCUCUCUCAGCCACGACACUUCUGCAAGACUUGCAGAAGGUACUGGACGAGAGGGGGCGCUUUAAGGAACGUCCCGGUUGGGGGAGGCUUCCGGAGAAACAAAAGAAGCAAAGGAAGUAACUCGGCCAAAUCUCCGGCGAGCUCCGAUCUUCAAACCGGUAGUGCUAGUUCAACAAACUCAAUCACAUCUCAUAACAACCACUCAUCCGCCUCGGGCGAUAUAUUAGGCCUUACACCUCAAAUGUCAUCAUUGAGAUUCAUGACACCAUUACACCAUAAUUUCAAUAACCCUAAUGAAUUCGGAGGCGGCGAUCUAGGGUUAAACUAUGGAUUUAGCUACAUGGGAGGAGGAGGAGGUGGAGGUGAUCUAGGAAGUUCUUUACUUGGUGGAAAUGGUAACUCAAUUUUAUCUUCAACAAAUGGUUUGGAACAAUGGAAGAUGCCUAUGCCUAUGGCUAUGUCUAUGCCUAUGCCUAUGCAUAUGUCUAUGCCAAUGACUCAUCAUCAACAACAUCAAUUUCCAUUUUUGACCAACUUAGAAACUUCAAAUGGAAACUUAUACCCUUUUGAAGGAAAUGUUCAAAACCAUGAGAUGAUGAUAUCAAAUAGUGCAUACAUGAGGCCAAAGGUAACUUCAACUUCUGGAAUUAUGACUCAACUAGCUUCUGUGAAGAUGGAAGAUAGUAUCAAUAGAGGCUUCUUGGGAAUCACCAGCAACAAUAAUAACAAUAAUAAUAACAACAAUCAAGGAAGUGAACAAUAUUGGAAUAGUGCUGUUAUUACUGGCAAUUCUGUAGCUAAUUGGAAUGAUCAUGUUUCUGGUUUUAGUUCUUCUUCAAAUACUACUAGUAAUAACCAGAUGUAGAAUUUCAUAGUGUUAUUGUGUGUGUGAAGUGAAGCUUCUUGUUUUGGUUAGUGUGGCUUCAAUUUUAGUAACUUAAAGAGAAAAAUUAUCUUCUUUAGAUCAACUAAAAACCCUAGGGAUUUAGGUUUUCUUUAUUUCUUUUUUUUGUAAUUUUGAUUUGUUUUUUAUUUUUAUAUAUGUUCUCUUUAAUAGUUUUUAGUUUUGCUUUGUAUGAGAAGGUUGAAUAUAUUUAUAUAGUAACAUUAUGAGUUCAAAGGAAUGAAUAUUAUCAAUAUUUU